GGGACAUUAAUGAGUGACGGAUCAUCCAUGCGGAAGUUAGUUUUGUUAUCACCUGCAAGAAGGUGGAUGUAACUACUCCAAACUAUCUAACGCGUCCAAAUAGAUAGAUAAAUAGAAGGUUUAUUGUGAACACAGCGGCUACACGAAGAUUGUAUCUGUCAGUGUGCAGUAAGUUAAAGCGGAAAUGUCAAACAUUAAAGAGUACGUGGAUAAACUGGCUCGUGUUUAUGAGCGAUACACCGAGUACGUGAAGAGAAACCCGGCCGCGACAGCCCAGCUGGAGAGCACGGUCCGGACCCUCUCCUACCUGAUCGCAGGGCGAUUUGCUGAUUCUCAUGAAAUAUCGGAGCUAGUGUACUCCGCCUCCAAUCUCCUGGUGCUCUUCAACGACAGUAUUCUGCGUAAAGGGCGGAGAUGUGUCUUCCCCGUGUCCCUCUCUCAGCAGAGACUCCUCAACUGGCUGUGUGUGUUGGAGCACGUGGAGGUUUUCCUGGAGAUGGGGGCCUGCAAGCUGUGGGGGGACGUGGGCCGCUGGCUGGUGAUUGGACUCAUUCAGAUCUUUAAGGCAAUUUUUCGCCUCAUCCUUCUUCUGUGGUACAAAUCCGGCAUCCAGACUUCACCGCCCAUAAUCCCCCUCGACAGAAGUGCAGAAGUUGUCGGUGAAGAUGGCGUUGACGGGGAGCAGCAAGAUGACGCCUGCUUUGUGGGCCAGAGGUCGGGACGAGUUAUUAGACCACUAGGCAGCGCGCCCGGCCUGCAGGCCCGGCUGUGGGGGGCGCCCGGUCAGAAGAAGACGAGGAGCAGCUUAAGUGAUGAGAAGCUCCACAGCCAACCAACGCAGCUGAGGCUCCAGGAGACCCUGGCUGAGUCCGUGUACAUCGGACGGCCGCUUGUCCACUGUAUCCUUGUCCCGUCUUCGCACCACUCCACCCGGGUAUACAGGAGAGUCGACGUUUCUUCAUCAGUCUCCCUUAAGGGGAAAUUAGUUUUGGACACGGAUCCUACUUCCAUACGCAUCCAUGCACUCAGUCCUAAUGUCUAUCCGACUUGGCGAGUGAAUAAAGAUGAGGAGAUAACGCUCCCUCAGGAUGUUAGCGUCCUCUUUCAGGGCAUCGAUCCCAACGUGACGGGUCACUCCAGAUGUUUGUCUUCCUUUAGUUUCACGGUGCUCAGCGGCAGGAAGUUCCAAAAUCGCUGGGAGAAGGCCGAGAUGAGGAGGAGAACCUUUCUUCUGCUGUACUACCUUCUGCGUUCCCCCUUCUACGACAAAUACUCAGAGGAAAAGAUUCUCUUCCUGCUCCGACUGCUGGCCGAUCACGUCCCAGGAAUCGGCCUCGUUGCACGCCCUCUGAUGGAUUACCUCCCCACCUGGCAGAAGAUCUACUUCUACAACUGGGGAUAAAGCCUGCUGGAGGUCUCACAUCUGUGUUUGCAAGUCAAAAAAA